AUGAACAUUCAUAGAGCAGGUGCAUAUGUGAUUCUCCAGAUGUUUGAUGUGAGUAUAUACAUGCCGCUGUAUGUCGUUCCACGCAAUGAGCACCUAGAUGAGAAGCUGGUUUUGAAAAAUAUCAAGGUGGAGGCGAAAAAUGCACAGCAGCUGUUUGGUACAUUAGCAAAGCACGAAGAGGGUUCCAGUUACAAAAUAGAUCAUGCAGAAGUGUAUAAAAUAAACAACGACACUUAUAAAAGCACUAAUGAGUCGGUAUCACAGGACGUGGUGCUUGGGGCAAUGGCAUUUGACUUUUCGAUGUUAAAGGCACUUAUUAGCAGAGGAAGCCAGCAGGAUUCAUCAACGCCUCCAGAAAUAAAGAUCAAGAGCAUAGACAUGGACAUUCCGCUUGGAGUGCAAAUCUUUUUGCAUGUGCCUAUCAUGCUUGUGGUGAUGGUUGUGUUCUACCUGUUUAUGUCGUUUGGAGGCGAAAACAUGAGAGGACUAUCGUACAAGGAAAUAGAGAAGAUACCGUUGUGUUUAUACUCGUCUCAUGAGUUCAUUAAUAAGGGAUGUAUUAUAUGCCUGGAUGAUUUUGAAGGCUGCAGCCGAGUGCGCCAUCUGGGAUGUGGGCAUGUGUUCCAUGCAGAGUGUGUUGAUAAGUGGCUCCGAAGGAACUUUGUUUGUCCUACAUGCCGGAAGAGAAUUGUUAUAGACAACAGGAAAAGUCAUAGAGCAAGGGAUGUUCAUGUACUAUAG